AGCUCACGUGAAUUUCUCCUUUACCUUUGCAUUCUUUUACAUUUAAAAACAUUCCAUUCAUAUGUUUCAAUAUCAAUAUUGGAUUUUGGUUACAAAUUCGUGCUUAAAAGCAGUAAUACAUACCGUAAGGCCAACAUUUUUCUGAAUAACUUUAGCUAUAUUUCUUCCAAAUCUAGAUUCGCCACGAAUAUUAGAGGUUUGACACCUCUUUUGAAGGGGUGGAACAGGUCAUAACAGGUUUUUAAUUUAGAAAAUGUUUGGAUUAACAGCUGAAAAUAAAUAUUUGCCCAAAGUUGCAGAUUUUUACCAGAAUAAGAGUAUCUUCGUUACUGGAACUACCGGAUUUGUUGGUUCCGUUUUAUUGGAAAUUUUACUAAGAUGCUGCCCUGGAAUCAAGACUAUUUAUAUACUCUUAAGAUCGAAGAAAAAUGUGGAACCGACGGCUAGAAAGGAGGAAAUUUUUAGCAAAAAAAUAUUCGAAAAAUUGAAGGAAGAGAAUGAAGAGGUAUUGAACAAAGUGCAUGUGAUGACUGGAGACAUUAAUCUUCCGAAUUUAGGAUUGAGUGAAGAUGAUAGAAGACUGCUAAUUGAAGAAGUGUCUAUUGUGAUGCACUGUGCAGCUAAUGUACAAUUCAACAGACCUUUGAGGUUUAUGCUUGAAAAUAUUGUUUUGGGCUUGAAUAGUGUCAUUGAAUUAUGCAGGAAAAUAAAGAAAUUUGAAGCUUUGGUGUUCACAUCUACAGCAUACAGUAACUGCAAUCGCAUCGGCGUUACUUUAAAGGAAGAAAUUUAUAGACUACCUUUCCGAGCUGAGAAAUUUAUCGAAGCCUUAAAAAGUAACGACAACGAAAAACUCGAGGAAUUGGUUGCACAGUGUAAACCACCCUGGCCGAAUGCAUAUACCUUCAGUAAGUGUCUUGCUGAGAACUUGAUUAUGGAUACAGCGACAGAUUUACCAGUUGCAAUCGUCCGUCCGUCUAUAAUCAUAAAUAUCUGCAAAAGUCCACUACCUGGCUAUGAAGAAGGAAAUACUGGCUUAGAAAGACUUUGUAUUGGAGUAGGAAAAGGAUUCGUUAAAGUUGUCCAUGCGGAUCCGAACUGCAAACUAAAUUUGGUACCAGUAGACAUCGUUGGGAAUACUCAUAUUCUAGCAGCAUGCUGUGUAGGAUUAAAAAGAUGCUCGACUCCAUUGAUAAUUAACGUCACGGCUACUGACAACUUUCAUAUCAAGCUCUCGGAAUACGUGGAGACUUUGGUUGAGGUGGCUCUAAAGAGACCUGUUCCACAAUCAUUUUCGAAACUGACCACUUGUAUCCUUGAGCCGUCUAGAUAUAUGUACAGUAUGAUUGCAAUCUACCAUCAUUAUAUACCAGCAAUUGUUUUGGAUGGAAUGCUAAAACUUUUCGGAGGUAAACCCAAAUUGUAUUCCCUUUACCGUUUCUUUGAUAACAUUAUGGCAUCAUAUGAUUUCUUCGUUUUUAAUGAUUUCGAGUUUGAAAGGAAUAACCUGGAACGUCUUGACAAAUUGAUUCAUCCUGAAGACAGAAAAGAUUUGAGCUUAGAUUUCAAAGAUGAAACUUUACGAGAUAUCGCAAAAAAAACUCCAGAAGUAUGUCCAUUUUACGAUUUGAAAAUAGAUAAAAGAUCUCCAUCGGAAAGACAAAAAAUUAUUCAAUGGCGCUACAUGAUGGUUACUUCCAUUCAAGGAAUUUUCGUUUUAAGCUGCGGUCUGAUUAUCUAUUUUCUAUUUGCUCUCAUCUUCUGAUAGUGUAAAGAGCGUGUUUUCAGAUGCUGUGAUUAAAUGUGCACAGAUUAUCGGAA